ACCAGGAUCACCCAAGGCCCAUUGCCCAUUUGUUUCGCAAAGAACAGAAAUGGAGUGGAGAUGCAAUAACUGCAGGAGGAAGAAGCGGCACUUCUUCAAAGUCUUAAUCGGUGACUUCUCUGACGAACUGCGGCUCCCGCCUGAUUUUACGAAGCAUAUCCAAGUCAAAGAAGAAUCUGGGAAUGCUUCACUGAGAGUCUGUGGAGGUAGGACCUGGCAAGUUGAGCUGAGGAAGGUGGAUAAUCGCCUUGUAUUCCGAAAGGGGUGGAGCAACUUUGUGGUCGGUAAUGGCUUAAGGACAGGGGACUUUUUGGUUUUCAAACAUGACAGAGUUUUGCAUUUCAUUGUGCGGGUUUUUGAUGCAAGUGCAUGUGAGAAAAGGCGGUUGCCUGCUGGUGACACUUGCAGAAAUGCUGAAAUGAGUAAUGUGUCUAUGUCAGAAGGAUCUCUCGACUGUAGCUCCUUUAAGCACAGCAGAGGAAGAGUAACAGGGCCUCAGCAAGAUGCAUGGAAUGCAGCAUGCUCUUUUAAGACUAAGAAUCCAUGUUUCAGAAAGUAUUUUACAGACAAAACGAUGUGUUGUAGAUCGUACUAUUUGAACGUCCCUUCGGCCUUUGUAAGACAACAUCUGGCAUUUGAAUCUUGUAUGUUGACGCUUUUUGAUCCAGAAGGUCGCUGUUACCCUGUUAGAUACCUCAACACAUCAGAAUCUGGUGGCAUUGUUGGGUUCAGCUCAGGAUGGAGGAAAUUUGCUGUUGAAAAUCACCUGAGGGAAGGAGAUGCGUGCGUGUUUGAGUUCAUCAAGGAGCCUAUAGGAUUCAAAGUACAUAUUUUUCGUGGUGAUAAGGAUGGCACUGAAGGCGAGAGAUGAACAUCCAGAAGCAAUUCUGAUCGUCGAAAGUUUGGUCACAUAGACGAAAACACACUGCACUUGCUUUGUUUGUAUAGUUAAGUUGCUUGUUCACAUGUACUUCCUUUAUGAUUUGCCUGAAUCUCCUCCAUCUGCAAAAGGUUCUGUAACUCUGAUCAGUUUAAUCCAACUGGACCACUUCAGAGCUGACGCAA